AGUCUGAUGUGUGUAUGUCUGUGUGCAAGAGAGAAAGGAAAACAGAGCGAUAGGGAAAGAGGGGGCAAGAGAGAGACCGGUGGGAAAGGGAUAAAGAAGCAGAACAGAGACAAAUUUUGCUCACAUUUUAGUCGUCUGGGUCCUGGUCCUGCUUCCCCCCUCUUUUUUUUGCAAAGAAGCAAAGAGUGGGACAGACAGACAAGAGACAUAAAGGAGAGAAGAGUUUGCCCAGGGACUACAAAACUACAGAGACACCACCGCCCCCCCCCCACCCACCACAGACCUCCAGCCACCCUCACCUCCAGCCCACAGCUCUGCUGCAUAUGAUGGAAGACUAUACCCUUCCCUUUUGGAUCUACAUGGGCGUGCUGACCAUGUUGGUUGGGGGGGCCAUGAAGAAGCUGCUGGCGUCCCACAUUAGCGCUGCCCCGACCCUGGUCGCCUGGCUGGGGGCCACCGUCCUGGUGGAGAGGCUCUGGACGUUCUACGUGCCCUUCUUCCUGGGGCUGGCAGUCAUCUUCCUCACUUGCCGCCUCUACUCGACCAGGAACAACCCCGAGCCCCUGCUGCCCGCCGAGGGCAAAGCCGUCCUCAUCACAGGCUGUGACAGUGGCUUCGGAAAAGCCACGGCGCGCUCCCUGGACGCGUUGGGUUUUGAGGUGUUUGCUACCGUGCUGGACCUGUCCGGAGCGGGAGCCAGGGAGCUCCGGAGUAGCUGUUCCCCUCGCCUCACCCUCCUGCAGGUGGACAUCACUCAGCCUCAGCAGAUACAACAGGCCCUGCUCGACACCAGGGCCAAAUUAGGACUCAGAGGGUUGUGGGGACUGGUCAACAACGCCGGGGUGUGUGUGAACUUUGGGGAUGCUGAGCUGUCGCUCAUGUCCAACUACCGCGGCUGCAUGGAGGUCAACUUCUUUGGUACGCUGGCUGUUACCAAGGCCUUCCUGCCUCUCCUCCGCCAGGCCAAAGGUCGCAUCACUACCAUAUCCAGCCCUGCCGGAGACCAGCCCUUUCCUUGCCUGGCGGCAUAUGGAGCUUCUAAAGCAGCGCUGAACCUCCUCAUAAACACCCUGCGUCAUGAGCUGGAGCCCUGGGGCGUCCGAGUCUCCAUCAUUCUACCCUCUUCCUACAAGACAGGUCAGGCCAGUAACCCCGCCUACUGGGAGCAGCAGUACAAGCACACUCUACAGAACCUGCCUCCGGGUCUGCUAGAGGAGUACGGGGAAGAGUACAUGAACGAGACAAAGGAACUGUUCCAGAACCACAGCAAGACUGCCAACGAAGACCUCAGCCCUGUGAUCGACGCCAUCGUCCAGGCACUGCUGUCUCCGCAGCCCCUGGUGCGUUACUACGCCGGGCCCAGGGUCAGUUUAAUGUACUUCAUCUUCAGCUACCUCCCCUCCAGCAUCAGUGACAAGUUCCUCCAGAAACUCUUUGUUAAAAAGAAGCUGAUGCCACGUGCCCUGAGGAAGCAGUCCGCGCUGGGCAUCAACCUCCAUCACCAUAACAACAACAAUGAGGAAAAACUAGACAAAUAGCCUGUUAGCAAAGUAAAACAAUGAUGGUAUUAUUCUAUGAAGCUAGAGGACCACUUCUGUAAUGCUCAUUUUCUUGUAAUUUUGUGCCGCAUUUUAUUUGGUUUUUGUAUAUUGUAUAUUUUGCAAUUGUUGGAGGGAUCAUAAAAUUGCACCAAAACAGUUUUUCCCCCCCUUUAAUUUUGGCUUCAUGACAUCCAUCCAGCAGAAACUGAGGAAACACAGCGAGGUCAAGGGUCAGGAUGACUGAAUGACUAACAACACGAGUGCAGGUUCAUCUGCAAAAGCUGAGCCUUCUGAUUCUGAUUACCUCUGUCAACUUAAUCCUGCCUCAGCGCUGGUCUGAGACCAGCCGACUUCAUGCUUCUGUAGGUGCUAGAGAUGCAAACAAACAUAAGCGCUCAUCUAUAGAGAGAGAGUGAGAGAGAGAGAGAGACAAUGAGGGAGGAAUAAUUUAUGUGCCUUGCUGACAAACUCAAAGGCAAGAAAAUUAACGAAGACAUAAAAUGAGAUGGAGCAGGAAAGGUGAAAGAUUCUGGAGGGAUCUGAGACCAUGGUUCCAUUUUUUGUAUCCGUAUAUUCACCCCUCAUUUGCCAAUUUUAUAAAAUUACAUGUGUGAAACAUUUUGAAAAAUAUACACAAGGACAACAUGUACAUAUGUUUUGCUAAUAAAAACACAUGCAAAAAGUUACCAGAAAUAGUCAAACGUAUGUUAAUAUAGUCCUGAUAUAUCUUUAAAUAUAGAUAUGUCAAAAAAUGUGAAAAAAAAACCCCAACCCAGUCCGAACAGAUUUUUUGGAAGAUUUGCAAUGUAAACGUGUUAUUGUGUUAUUUUAUGCAUAUGUGGUUUUUGCACACACACACGUUAGCCAAUCGUUCACCUUUCAAAAGCCAAAUACCCUCCUGUUAUCUGAAUGGACCGGAUAUGAUCAUUGGCACAGUUUUUGUUCGUUUGUUUCUAAUCCCACCUUUUUUUUUAUUCAGAUUGUCUAUGACCAUUUAUACUUUACCCAUCACUUAAACUGUGAAUUUUUAUAUCAAAAUCUGAAAACUUUAUGUAAAUGUUCACUUAGUUCAGUCUUUGAUAGCAUUAAAGCUGACUUUUUUUAAACUCGGCCUCUUGUGUUUUCUUUUCUUUUUUUGUGCGUUAGGGGGGCAACGCAGUGAAGGGUUUCCCUAUUUUCUUUAUUUAUGACUUUUUAUUUUUAUCUACUCAUGACUUCUUAAUUUUCAUUUAUUUAUUUUUAUCUAUGUCAUUUUUGUUUAUGACUUUUUCAA